GUCGGCCAGCACUUUGGGCAUCGCCUCUCACGAAACGGAGAGGGAUCCUUAGGGUUUCCUAUUAUAUCGAUCAGACCUUGAUUUCCGAUGAAAUUGGAUGAUCUAGGGAGUGAUUGGAGUUUGGGUCGGUAGGAAUUCGGUAUGUGAUUUGAUGGAAAUGGAGGCUGGCAGCACAUCAGCGUCCGGCGGAGGAACGCAAGCCCACUCCUAUUCGCCACUGCGGUCCAAAGCAUUCUAUAAGUUUACCCAGCAGAAUCUUCCAGCUUGCAAACCAAAUCUGACACCAGCACGGGUUAUAGCAAUAUUUCUGUUAGCUGGUGUUGUUUUUAUACCUGUUGGUCUAGUAUGUCUCCGGGCUUCAGAAAGUGUUGUGGAAAUUCUUGAUCGUUAUGAUAUUGAAUGUGUACCUGAGUCUUAUAGAAACAACAAAGUAGCUUACAUCAAGGAUAGCUCAAUUUCGAAGAAUUGUAAGCGUCUAAUAAAGAUUCAGAAACAUAUGAAAGCACCAAUUUAUGUCUAUUAUGAGCUUGAUAAUUACUAUCAGAAUCAUCGACGGUAUAUAAAAAGUAGAAGUGAUAAGCAGCUUCUACAUGGAUUGCAGUACAAGGACACUAGUUCAUGCAGACCUGAAGAGUAUAACAAUGGUCUCUCAAUUGUUCCUUGUGGGUUAGUCGCAUGGAGCUUGUUCAAUGAUUCUUACACCUUCGUGCGUGAGACUGUAGAAUUAAGAAUCAACAGGAGAAACAUUGCUUGGAAGAGUGACCGAGAGCACAAGUUUGGUAGAAAUGUAUAUCCCUUCAAUUUUCAAAAUGGAAGCCUAAUCGGGGGAGGAACCCUUGACCCAGAUGUUCCUCUGAGUGAACAAGAAGAUCUCAUAGUUUGGAUGCGUACUGCUGCUCUUCCAAAGUUCAGAAAGCUGUAUGGUGUAAUUGAAGAAGAUCUACAAGCUGAUGAGAUUAUUGAAGUACACCUUGUUAAUAACUACAACACUUACAGCUUUGGGGGAAAGAAGAAGCUUGUUCUUACAACUAAAAACUGGCUCGGGGGCAAAAAUGAUUUCCUUGGGAUAGCUUACAUGGCAACUGGAGGCCUUUGCAUUUUCCUGUCCAUCUUGUUCGCACUCAUUCAUGUGAAAAAUCCAAGGCCUCAUGGCGAUCCUACUUACUCUUAUGGGAACAGGAAAAGCACCACUAGCUGAAUCUUGCGGAUAGAUUAUGUCAAGAUCAACUUGUGGCUCCUGCUUCCACUGAUCGAGCAAAUGCUGCUCCCGGUGCAAUCAUGGCUGAUAGUCGCAAGUUAUACUUCUUGUAAAUUUUGUGGUGGCCUAUUUGGUUACUCGUGUAUGUAUACAUCAGAACUCUUGUGCCUAUCAGAAUAUCAGGAUUUUAUUUCAGGAAAUUAGUACACAGAUUGUAACUGAUGUUUUCUCUCAUCUUGUAGAACAAAUUGUCAAAAGAUUUUUUUUUUCUU